GGUUGGCUGAGGACUGGGAAGGUCCAACCAAUGUUUUUCACUUGCUUUAGUGGCUGCGGCUCCCUAAUUAAUUGCAGCUAUCUGUCUCCUAUCGAUGUGUGUGUACAUGUGUGUUGUGUGUGUUUCCCCUUUUCUCCCCAAACCGAACAUGAAAUAGUUUGUUAGGCUAUACUUUCCUUCUUCCUUUCUAAUCCCCCCUUCCUUCCUUCCCGUCCUGGUUCGCUGGUGGAGACCGGGAGGACCGAAGCCCAGCUGUGUUCGCCUCUGCUCGCCGCCGGUUCCCCCCUCCACUGCUCGGUGAUGUUGGACAUGGGAGAGCGCAAAGAGGUGAAGAUGAUUCCGAAAUCGUCGUUCAGUAUAAACAGUUUGGUACCAGAGGCCGUGCAAAGCGACAACAACAACAGUCACCACCACCACCACCACCAGAACCAGAACCAGAACCAGCACCGAGUCGCUGGCCCGGAUGAUGCGGAGCAGAAGGCGCCCCUCCCGGCCUCCCAGCCGGACGGCAAAGCUGAGCUGAAGAGCGAGUCUCUGAACGCGGAGGGCUGCCCGGAGGAGAAGCAGGAGGAGAAAAAGGACGGAAAAGAAGGAGAGAAGGACGGAGAGAAGAAAAGCGGCAAGUACGAAAAGCCUCCGUUCAGCUACAACGCGCUGAUCAUGAUGGCCAUCAGGCAGAGUCCGGAGAAGCGGCUCACCCUGAACGGCAUCUACGAGUUCAUCAUGAAGAACUUCCCUUAUUACCGGGAGAACAAGCAGGGCUGGCAGAACUCCAUCAGACACAACCUCAGCCUCAAUAAGUGCUUCGUUAAGGUGCCUCGGCACUACGAUGACCCGGGGAAGGGCAACUACUGGAUGCUGGACCCCAGCAGCGACGACGUCUUCAUCGGUGGGACCACCGGGAAGCUCCGCCGGCGCUCCACCACGUCCCGGGCCAAGCUGGCUUUCAAGCGCGGAGCCCGGCUGACCUCCGGGCUGACCUUCAUGGACCGGGCGGGCUCCUUGUACUGGCCCAUGUCCCCCUUCCUUUCCCUGCAUCACCCGCGGGCCGCCGGUGCCCUCGGCUACAACGGGACCUCCUCGGGAUACCCGGGCCACCCGAUGUCCUACAGCAGCAUGCUCACCCAGAACAUGAGCAACAACCACUCGUCGUUCCCGUCCUCCAACGGGCUGAGCAUGGACCGGCUGGUCGGUGGGGAUCUACCCUACGCGACGCACCACCUGACGGCGGCGGCCCUGGCGGCCUCGGCGGUGCCCUGCGGCCUCUCUGUGCCUUGCUCCGGGGCGACUUACUCAUUGAACCCGUGCUCGGUGAACCUGUUGGCCGGACAGACGAGUUAUUUUUUUCCUCAUGUCCCACACCCGAGCAUGAGCUCACAGACCAGCGCCGGAGGGGGCGGCUCGUUGCAGGCUGCCCGGGCUUCGGCUUCCAAUUCCCCGCAGGCUCCGUCCUCUUCCUCGCUGCCAUGUGACACUCUGAGGCCGGCUCUGUCCGGCUCUCUGCCCGCCUUCUCCUCGGGACUUUCCGGGGGUUUGUCUGACUAU